AUAAGCUGUUUUUCAAGACACGGGUUGUUUAUUCAGUUCGUCUAUCUAAAAAUCAGCAAAGCGUAGGUGGAGGAAGGUCCAGAUAGCAACAAAACCACAAAGGAGAAAGGCAUAUGGAUAGCGCAAAGUAAACAACCACUUAAGGGUUUAGCGCAGAUUGUAUUUCCCACGUGCCCUCUUUUUAUGGGUGUGUCUCAUUGUUUGUGACUCAUAAAAUAAUGAACGAUGUUUUGCUUCUGCUAAUGAGAGGAGAGAUGAUUUAAACAGAUGACAGGGCUCCCUUAGCAUGUGCUUUAGCUUACUCUGCAUUUAAACCUUUGUGCUUUGCCUUUAUUGUACUUGGCUUAACUUAGUCGACACAGGUCUUGCGCGUGCCUCACAUAGCUACUGAUCGUACACGUUAAGCCCUUAUGAGGGGUUUUGUCAGCAUCUUUAGAUCACAGAAGCUGAACUCUUCUAUUGCUUGCUAGUUGUCCGCAAUCAAACUGGCUCAACACAAGGCUUUCAUCAUGAAAGCGCAUGUUUGAAUCGCUUGUCACCUGCUUUUCGCCUAUCGCGUUGAAUUCGCGUAGAUUGUUUAUUAAGCAGAAAACCCCACCGAGCUGACAUUUUAUCAUUUAUUUCAACUUAUCUCACGCUAAAACGUUUGAUUUCAUUGCAGACGGAUGUUUCCAACACUCGCUCUUUCUUUUCUUGGAAUGGAUCCGAGACGUUAUUACUCCGUCCACGUUGAUAUUGUCCCCGUGGACGGCUAUGCGUACACUUUUGUGAACAAUAUGUGGCAAGUAAACGGAAUGGCGAGUGAGAUGCACGCUUUACCUUACAUACAGUCAUACCAGGCGGACGAAGUGGCGCACACUGGCCUGUACUGGAUGAAAAAUGGCGUGGACUUCAAGAAAGUUCGCUUGACGAAUCGUCGAGUUGGCCCGUUUAAAGAUGGCGAGCUUCAUCUAAGUCCGAAUAGAAAGUACCAGCCAAGGAUUCAUGUCGUCGAAGAAACAGAAGAAGGCGUAAAAGUUUCGUGCUCAACUUAUGUGUUCCCUGAAACCACGUUCAUUGCUGUAACGACGUAUCAAAAUGAAGAGCUGAUUCAAAUGAAAAUCGACCACAACCCCUUUGCCAAAGGAUUUCGGGACAAAGGAUCAAGGUAUAUUAAAUAUUUCAUGAUAUUUCUGAUAAAGUUUUGA